ACCAAAAUAAACGCAAAAUGGCUGGUAAAGGUAAAGGCAAGAAAAAAGAAAAAGAGGAAGGCGGUGACAAGAAAAAAGGCAAAAAAGGUGGUGCAAGAGUUAAGAAAGGCAAGGCAAAAGGCAGAUGUAAUGUCGACAUGCUAACUGAUGCAGCAAUGGAUAACGUGUAUUACGCUUGCCAUAACGUUCAGGAAUUGCUGCAGGCAAGAGGGUUCCAUCCCCCUGACUUCAAUAAAAAGAAGAAAAAGGGCAAACGAUAAGUAGAUUUAAGGGUAUUAUAAAAUG